GCUAAGCUUCCAAAAAGUCCGGUAUCCGGAUGCGCAUCGCAAUGGAUCGAGCAGGCUAGCACUACCUGUCACGCUCGCGCGGGGAGCUCGCUUGUCCCGUCACCUUUUGUACCUGGGAACGUCCAUCAGGACUGUCCGCACAGGCAUACAUACCUUUCGCAUUUCUCCGGCUGUUGGGACCACCCUCCGAGCCAAGCCAGACCAUCCAAAGAUACACUCGACCGACCAUGCGAACCACCACCGAUACGCAUCAACACCCCGUCGCCCUGAUGAACUCAAUAGCACCAACGACGCAGGCACGUCUCCGAAAUUCUUGUGACGCUUGCAACACUGCCAAAGUAAAGUGUUCAAAAGAACGCCCUUGCUGCCGCCGGUGCAACCGGAAAGAGCUAUUCUGUGUUUACAGCGUCUCACUGCGAUGCUCAAAGCGGCCUGUCGACAACCGCAGUACUUCGACCACCAAAAAGCCAUCUGGUGUCAACACAACACCCAACCCACGGCCCACAAACCACAUCAACACCGAAUCCAGCAUAUCCAGGCUGCCCCCGCUGAGCACCGGCCUAGAAGGGGGACUGGACGCCACAAUAGACUCCGCCAUAUCCACAAGCCUCUACGACUUCGACUCUUUAUCCGCACUCUCAGACGUCAAUUUUGAUCUCGAUAAUCUAGACGACUACUUUUCUACUGAUGCGUAUCUUCCACCAACGAACUUCAGCGCAUAUGCCAAUACGACGGCAAGCACGCCGCCCGCACCACAUAAACCGCUUCCGAGGCCGGCAUCACAAGCGUGCGGCUGCCAGCAGCACAUCCUUUCCAAACUGUCAGAACUCUCUCUGUCGUCGUCGUCGUCUGGCAGUGCGCCUAUGCCGUUUGAUCGCGCACUGUCAGAGAACAGGGUAAGUGUCGAUGAAGCCCCAUCUGACUCAACACCCACAACUAACGUGCCACCCACAGAUCAUCCUCGCCCUUUGCACCACUACCCUCUCCUGCCGUACAUGCACUUCCGUAGCCCCCUCCAUACCCAGCUCACCAACCCUCCUCCUCACCCUCUCCGCUCUCCUCUCCCACGUCCUGCAAGUCUUCGAAUCCCUCUUUCCUAGCCCGCACCGCGACUCCCCGCGCGAAACCUCCACCAGUCCGCCCGACUCUGCGCGCGGAUCCGAGGAGCGGGAACGGGAGAGGUUCAACAUGUUCAAUACCGGGCUGGAGUUGAUGACGCCGCCAGCUAGUGUGUAUGUUUGUUCCGUCCGCUGAUUUCGAGCAUGGAGUGGUGGCUGACCGUGAGCAGACAGGGUAGUAGACCCAGCACCACGACCUCCAGCGGACUGAAUACGCCUCUCCCAACCCCGAACCCGUUUCCUUCUUCCUCAUCCC